UUAUAAAAACAAUUGGGUUUCUUAACAACUUCUUUCUGUUGGUACUUGAUGCAAAGGUUUUUGUGCCUUCUUACCCAAAAUCUCUGACUGAGUUGAUGGGAAAGUCUUCUAUUUUGCUUAUCAAUGGAAGCUUGCAAAGGAGAAUCCAUGGACUAGUGGGUGGCUUCUUUAAAUCUCCACAACUCAAGGCUCAAAUCACCAGAGACAUGUACAAGUAUGUCCAAGAAUCUAUGACAAAUUGGAGCCAUGACCGACCCAUCUACAUUCAGGAUGAAACCAAAAAUAUUGCAUUUCAAGUACUAGUUAAGGCAUUGAUUAAUUUGGAUCCUGGUGAGGAAAUGGAGUCUCUAAGAAAACAAUUUCAAGAAUUCAUUGCAGGCCUCAUGUCAUUACCAAUAAACAUUCCUGGAACUAGGCUUCACAGAUCAUUACAGGUAAGCAAAGAAAAAAAUGGUGAAGCAAGUAUAGAAAAUUUUAGAAGCCAGGAAAAGUAGUAGUGGGAUGAUCACCAAAGAGGCUCCAAGAGAUGUAAUAGAUGUUCUUCUAAAUGACACAAGUGGUCAAUUAACAUAUGAUCUAAUAGCUGAUAACAUUAUAGAUAUGAUGAUCCCAGGAGAGGAUUCAGUUCCUGUUCUUUUGACUCUUGCAGUGAAAUAUCUCUCAGAUUUUCCUGCUGUCCUACAACAGUUACUGGUUUGUGGAAAUUAUGGCUCCUGUCUUUUCUUGAAAAGCUUGGCGGUGUGUAUGGCACAUGAUUCAGGUAUAUUGAGAUGAUUUCUUUGGAGCAAUUCUUGACAACAUUUGUAGUUGAGGCCUUUAGAAUGGAAAAAUGUAUUUCACUAAUUUUUGUGUACAUUUCUUGUUUUGUAUU